GCGCGCCCGCUCGCCCCGCCCCCUCUCCCCUCCACCCGCGGUGGUACUGGCGGAGGGCGGAGGGAUCUGGAGGCGGCGGAGGGAGACGUCAUUGCAGGGUUGUUUGUGCAGUCUCGGUGGCGGCGGCGACCCACAGUGAUUCGGCCGCUGCGCCGGGGGGUGGGGGGGCCGAACGGGACUCUUUUCUUUCAGACUGACCGCGGGGCAGCUGCGGAGCAUGUCGACCCCGGCCCGUAGGAGGCUCAUGCGGGAUUUCAAGCGAUUGCAAGAGGACCCACCUGUGGGGGUCAGUGGUGCACCAUCUGAAAACAACAUCAUGCAGUGGAACGCAGUUAUAUUUGGACCAGAAGGGACACCCUUUGAAGAUGGUACUUUUAAACUAGUAAUAGAAUUUUCUGAAGAAUAUCCAAAUAAACCACCAACCGUUAGGUUUUUAUCCAAAAUGUUUCAUCCAAAUGUGUAUGCUGAUGGUAGCAUAUGUUUAGAUAUCCUGCAGAAUCGAUGGAGUCCCACAUAUGAUGUCUCUUCCAUCUUAACUUCAAUUCAGUCUCUGUUGGAUGAACCGAAUCCAAACAGUCCAGCCAAUAGCCAAGCCGCACAGCUUUAUCAGGAAAACAAACGGGAGUAUGAGAAGAGAGUUUCGGCCAUUGUUGAGCAAAGCUGGAAUGAUUCAUAAUAGACACCGGUCUGUUCAUCUUUUCAUCGUUGUUGUGUAUAAUUUACCUCCCAGUAGAAAGGCUAGCAAGUUUUAAGUGCCACGGGUUUUAAGGAUUCUGCAGAGAAAAAAGAAAAAGUCCUUCAGUUUAGAACCUACAAAAGCUUGUGUAUCUUGAUUAAUGUACUUUUUAUUGCAUGGUGUGAACUAAGUUAUUGCUGCAUAAAUUUGUAAUAUAUCCUGUUUGUAUUUUUUUCCAAGUGUAUAAUGUUGGUGUGGAGUUUUCAUGACAGAAUAUACACAUUUUGUAAAUCUGUACUUUUUUCAAAUAUUGAAUGCCUUAUUUUUGAAUUCUUUAGAUUUUUAAAUUGGAGAAAAGCACUUAAAGUUUUUUAUAUAUGAAUAUUACAUGUAAAGCUGUUAAAAUACAUAACUUCAGUGCAAGAGACUUUGUCACUUAUUUCCUUACCUGUGCAGGAGUCUCUGCUCUUCGCCAGGUGAGAGCCUCAUUUCCAACUGCAGAAGGUCACGCUUCUGUUCUAUCAAGAAAGUCUGCAAAUUUGAUUCUAAAAACCAAUUCUGAUCUCCGGCUUUAUUUUGAAUGUACUUAUGUUAGUUCAGUUGAGUAACUAUAGACUUACUGGUCUGGUUCUGUCCAGCUCUGUAUUUGGGCCACUUGUUAAUGUGCGUUUCUCAUGUAAACUGUACCUUUUGUGACUUCACAAUUGGCACCUUGACCACGAGCAGAGCUGACUACUCUGCUGCGUGGCAGCACCUUCACAGGCUUUUGAUUAAGAAGAAAGUAAAACCAUCACCAUUUACCAAACACCGUGCCGCAGUAUUAGCAAUGGCCGGUUGCGCUGGUUUGAGCAAGGCAGAGAUUUGGAAGGAAUCUUGGUGUAACUUGAAUAUUUGCAAACUACCUUUUAAUGCAGCUGCGCGCUACCUGUUUAUUCUGGAACUGUUGAGCACCAGGGCCUGCCGAGUUGCUUCUCACCUCCUCAGUUGUAUACAAGUUGUACUGCAUCUUAGUUUACUGGAUAGAUUUAAAACACAGUAUUGUAGAAAGCUAAUACAAAGCUAUCCUAUGCCUUCAAAUAGUAUAGAAAAUGGAAAAUAUACAAGUAAAUUCUGUUGAACCACGUGUGUAGUCUCUCUAGUAGUUGAAACAGCUAUUGUAGUGAGCCCGAGUUUCUUGUCAUCCAUACCAGCCUCCUAGAAAGACAUGCUCUGGUAGCCUCUCCACUGGAACAUUGGGUUUCAGAGUGACCAUGUAACUAGGGUGGAUAAGAACUGAUACUUUCCUUUAAAAGUUGUUGCCCUGGGGUGCUGAAGAGAUGGUUCCCUGGUUAUUGCAUGUACUGUUUCUGCAAGACCCCAAUCUCUGUUCCCAGCUCCAGGGGGAAUCCAAAGCGCUUCUGACUAAAUCAGACACUGGCAUUCACAUAAACAGACACUUACAUAAUUAAAAUAAAAGUAUUAAUUUAUUAAGCUUA